UGAGAUCACUAUCUAGAAUCUCUUCGCAGCGCCAGCCAUGCUUCCGGCAAUGCUAAACAUUGAUUUCUGGACGCUAUUCCUUGCCUUCGUGGUAAUUCUGUUGUAUGUAUGGUGGAAGAAAACUUCCCGGGACCCGGCCUUACCCCCAGGGCCGCCCACUGUGCCCUUUCUGGGGAAUAUUCUGUCUAUAUCCCCAGACACGAUGCUGGAGAAUUUCCAGACUUACAGGAAGAAGUAUGGAGAUGUUUUCAGUCUGAUUACUGGCACCAAAACAAUGGUCAUUGUGAAUGGACUGGACACAAUACGAGAUAUUUUCAUCAAACAUGGUGAUAUUGUUUCUGAAAGACCAGAUAUCUUUGCAGCCAAAGAAAUAGCUAAGUAUAAAGGUCUCACCCUUUCCUCGGGGGAAAUCUGGAAAGAACAUAGACCAUUUUCUGUCAAUGCCCUCAGAGAGUUUGGAUUUGGAAAACGAAGUCUGGAAUCCAAGAUAAUGGAGGAAGUGGGUGUUCUUGUUCGGGAACUUCAAUCAAAGAAUGGACAACCGUUCAACAUUAGAACGUUGAUUACCCUCUGCAUCUCAAAUGUCAUAUGCUCCAUCAACUUUGGUCAGAGAUUCGAACAUGACGAGAGUCGGUUUUUGUCCUUACUUAAAAUGAUAAACGAAAAUCUCAGCAAUGGUAACAUAAUGUUUAAAGCGAGUAUUUUUCCAUUUUUGAGGUACAUUCCCGGAGAUCCCUUAAAAUUAAAGAAAGUGUUGCAGAAGGUCGACAUCGUUUCGGAUUAUAUUUAUCAAAUUAUAAACGACCAUGAUGAUAGCUUUGAUGAGACCAAUAUCAGAGAUUUCAUCGAUGUUUACUUGGGGAAACUGAAAUCAGAGACAGAUAAUCCACGGACAACUUAUGAUGUUAAACAGGUGAUGCAGGUUGUGAAGGAUCUAUUUGUCGCAGGAACAGAGACAACAUCAACAGCACUACGGUGGUUUACUGUCUUCAUGAUCAGAAAUCCGGAAGUUCAGGAGAAGAUGCGCAAAGAAAUCAGUGACGUGAUAGGAAGUUCUCAAUAUCCUAGUAUUAAUGAUAAACCGAAUAUGCCAUACACAGAAGCUGUUCUUCACGAGGUCCUCCGCAUAGGAUGCAUUGUGCCUCUAUCAUUGCCCCAUGGACUUACGAGAGAUUUAAUAUACAAGGAUUUCGUUAUUCCAAAAGACGCUAUUUUAAUUCCAAAUUUACAUUCUAUUCUCUUUGACCCAGAGGUGUUUGAAAAUCCCAAGGAUUUCCGACCUGAAAGAUUUCUAGACGCUGAUGGAAAACUUAAAAAUGCUGAUAAAGUAUUGGCAUUUUCCUUGGGUCGUCGUGUUUGCCUGGGUGAAUCUCUGGCUAGGAUGGAACUGUUUUUGUUUGCUACAACUUUAGUACAGCGAUUUCAAAUCCUCCCCGCUGAUCCCACACAUCUACCCCCCGCAGAAGGGAUUAUGGGAGUGGCGACCUAUGGUCCAAAGGAAUUCUUGCUGAAGGCUAUUAGUAUCUAAAGAUAUUUCUUAAAUAUCUUUAGUUAAAAGUGAAGAUAUUUUACAUUCAUGGAAAAUACAAUCAGAGACAGGGAAUGUGAAUGGAUUUAUACGUCUGCAUUUAUCGUUAGAAGUGCACUAUGUGUUGUAAACUUGAGCUUUUAAUAUACGUAUGCAAAGCUUCAGUUAUUAUAUUAAUUUAAACUAUAUUUUAUUCACAAAGUGAAUGGGAUCGGGCAGCAGGCAUAGCCUAUUUAAGCCCUCUCCCUCAGUUAUUAUAUAAAUCUGUACCUGAAAUGAUGGGUUAAUACAUGUGAGGAUUUAUUAAAUCAUAUUGUUUGAUAUUGAUA